AUGUCAUUCCCAUCAUUUGCACCCUGGGACAUCACACCCACCACAUUCGCACAACUCCUGGAUUGCUAUCCCGCAACUUUGAAAGAGAGCUACAAGCGCAAGCUCAUUGCUGUCGUUGCCCGAAAACACAGGAAGUAUCCCGAGCGCUUGAAUAGGGAAGACCCUGCUUUUGAUCGGCAGACGAAUGAGUACUUGCAGCUGGAUGAUUGGAGGUAUGAGACUUUGCCUCGGGUUCUGAGGCAGCGGGCGGGCGAGGAAGGUGGUGACGAGGAAGAAAAAGAAGAAGAGAAAGAAGAGAGUGAUGGAGAUGAUAAGAAAAAGAAGAAGAAGAGCAAAAACAAAAACAACAAGAAGAAUGAGACUGUUCAUUUGAAGCAGGGCGAAAAGUACGAUUCGCUUUUUAUGCACAAGGAUGAACUGGUGAAAUUGAUGGAUUGGAAACUCAAACACGGUCGAUAUCGUCCUGCAUUAGCCGGACUCAUCAAGACCAACAAGCCCGAACUAGUCCGCAAGACAACAGCAGAGGCCUACAAAGCCCUUGUCGACAGCAUAGACACGGAGCCAUCUCGAGAGUCGCUCGACGAGACAUUCCCCAAGAAAAGCCAAGACAUACUUAUGAAACCACUCCGAGCCGUGGGCACCGCCACAGCGUCUCUAAUUCUUGCCGUGCGCACAGAGGGCAGAGCGAACGAGAUCCCAUUCUACAGCGACGAAGUCUACAAUUGGCUUUGUCUCGAUUUGUUCCCUGGCUCGGAGAAGAAUCGCUGGAAUUACAAGAAGGCCACCAAUCGCACACGGGAAGAUGGUCGUCUAGAUGUUAAAUAUAACAUGUUGGAAUAUCGCGAGCUGUACGAGGAGGUCUGCAAGUUGCGACACCAUCUCAACAAUUAUAAAGCCGACGAUGACGACGAUGAUGACCAUAAAGCUCGCCGCCAAUUCAGCUGUUCUGAUGUGGAACGUGUUGCUUAUGUGCUCCGAAACCUAGACGUGUCCGGAUUCCCGCAUGCAGCUGAAAUCCUGGAGAAACAUGCAGCGGCUGAGAGCGAGGCUAAAAAGGAGUUUGAGAAAAACAAACGAAGCAAGAGAAAGAGCGGUGCAAAUGCCGACGAUGAUGAGCCUGAAGAGGAAGAGAUUCUGGGUGUUGUACCGAGUAAGAAACGCAAGGCUGGAUUUAAGGAGAGUGGUAGAGGGAAGAAGAAGAAGGUUUAA